UUUUCGAUCGUUUGUAGUGGUGUGUUUUCGUGCAGCUUUCAAAAUAAUGAAUGAUUUAUCGACCGGUCACGUUAAAAAUUUAUGCAGCAAACCGAACAAAUAUAAUAAAUUCAAAAGUAAUUAAUUCAAUAAGCUGGCUUUGGAGUAUGGAAGGAGUCGACUUUCUACUAAUGUUACAGGCAAAAGUGAAUUUUGUAUUGGAUACUUACACAGCUAACAUAAGAGGACUUGGAUUCCAACCAAACUAAACCAAUGAUGAAAGUUCCCAGAAACUGAAAACUUUAUACUCGCCAAAGGGAACUUUAUACAGGGGUGACAUAACACCUCAACCAAGAAGUAAAAAACGUAACCUAGAAUUACCACCCAACCAUUUUAAUGUUUCUGCCAACCACUGCCGCACAAAUGCUUGCCAUGGAGACAUUUGCCUUUGACAAAAUGAAGUCAAGUCGUCGAAAACAAAGCAAACCUAUACGGGUAUCAUACAGCGCGGAUAGUGAGGGAGGGGCUGAUCCAGGGGCAGCCUUCCCACAGCAGAAACCGCCUGAGGUUCAGGAAGAGUUUGUCAAUGGAGCAGGCAGUCCUGGGCUGGACUCAGAGGGACCCAUGGAGGAGGACCAAAGGGCUAUGAACUUGGAACAAGGAAGCCCUGUGGGGCAACAAAUGCCUCCCUCAGACAGAGAACUAAGUAGUCCUCUGGAAGGAAAACAGCCAACACCUGUUGCUAAGGAGAUGGACUCUCUGAAAGAAUUCCCAUCAAAAUAUCAUCAUCUUCAACAGAUCAGUGAGGAGAAAUGUCCUCCUAUUUUUCCUGACAUGGAAGCAAUGAGAGACUCAUUCCCAACAAAAUACCACCAGCUUGGUAGUGAAUUGUAUCAAGGAAAUCAGUUUGAUCCUAACGGAGAGGAAAAUGGAAGCGAAUUAUCAGAGCAAAAUGCUAAUUCUGAUGAUUCUUCACAAAAAUAUACAGAUCCAAAUGAGGAAGGACGUAAAUUGAAUGGUUCUGGUCGCAUUUUCCAUCAGGAUGCCUAUUGUGAAAUAUGUGAUCGUGAAUUCUGUAAUAAGUACUUUCUUAAGACUCACAAAGCUAACAAACAUGGUAUUUUCGACCCGGCAUCAUCACCAUUUUCUAUGAAUACAUUACCACCAAGUAUGUCACUACCUCAGGAGCUUAGUCCUCCUCAGCCAGUUCUCCCUCCUCCUCCUCCUACACUGCCUCCAUCAUCUGCCUCAUCUUUCAAGGUCAUGGACUUCAUUCAAAGUUUACCUGCCUCAGAACCUAAACCACCAAAACCAGCCGAACCUGCAAAGCCACCUAAGCCAGAGCAGGAAAGUGCUCCAGUGUCUAGCGGAAACAGUACUGGCAGUAGUAGCAAUAGUGGAAAAGUUGGCAAGGACAUGGAAGACUUUUGUGAGCUCUGUCAGAAACAUUUCUGUAACAAGUACUACCUCAAAAAGCACAAGCAGGAUGUGCAUGGAAUUGCUCCACCAGAAGGAUCAUCUACUGGAAAGCGUGGUGGAGGUCGAUCUAAAGACUUGCAAGCACAACUUGAUGCAAUCACCUCAUCAGCUGUGGCCUCUGCUACUUCAAUAGCCCCACCAAUGAUACCUCAUUCAAUGGCCAACAUGGCAGGUUUGCCCAACAUGCCUGGUGUCAUGGUUUUGAAUCCGUUCAUGGCCCCCAUGCUGAUACCCGCAGGAUCACUGAUGCCACCGCACAGCCAGCUUCCAACACCACCUGGAAUGUCACAACCUCUUCCAAUGCCUGCAAGUAGCCCAGAAUCUUCCACAACAACCACAACUUCAGCUAGCUUACCAAGCACACCUAGCGAUCCAAUGCGUGGAAUGGGUAGAGAAAUGAAUAGUGGAAUGGGAGUUCUCAAUACAGAAGCUUACUGUGAAUUGUGUAGAAAAGAAUUUUGUAACAAAUACUUUCUCAAAGUACACAAAGCCAACAAGCAUGGAAUGUAUUUGGAUGAGUUUCCUCUAGGUGUGCCUAUUGGAUCUGUUGGACUCCCAGGAACGCCAUUCAAACCUGCUUCUUCAAUUGACUCAACCGCAAUUACCUCAGAAACCCCAGUAUCUUACUCUAAUACAGAACUCAGCAAAAUGUAUGUUAAACCUGAGUCCAGUCCCAAACCUGGAACCUCUCUAGUCACUAGCUCAGCUAGCCAAGAUAACUAUGUCACCUAUUGCAACUUAUGCAACCAAGAAUUUGCCAGUAAAUACACUUACCGUAUUCAUAGGAUCCAGGUUCAUGGAAUGCUUCAUGAAGGAUUGGAGGGUUCUCUUACAGAAGAAUUUAUGAGAAAUGUGAAUUCUAUGCGUGAGAAAGAGGAAGCUAUGGCCAAGAUAUCUCCAGGAUCAAGGAUGAUGGAGGAACCUCAUGUGGAAAAUAAGGUUCCAGAAAAUGGCAUGACAACCAUGUUUGGAAAUAUGGUUGCUGCAAAACUUGCAGAUCGUGUAACCUGUGAUAUCUGUAAUAAGGAGUUGUGCAAUAAAUACUUCCUUAAGGUGCAUAAGUAUAAGGUGCAUGGAGUUGGAACUCCCAACACAGAAAAACAAGACAAAGCAAACAAAAGGAUGUUUGUUGGAGAUUUUGAGACAAUCAAAAAUGGAAAGCCAAUAGCACCAAAGAUGAGAUCAGAGAGACCUCAUCAUGUCCCCCCAGUCAAGUCUGAACCAAAGGACUUCUCCCUCCACAGUCCACAGCUGCCAUCCUCCCUGCCACUUCCAGUUCUUCCUAAAGCUAGCGAGGUUCCCACAGACCUCUCGCCAAGUGCAGUCCUAGAAAAACCUUCCCAUGAUGAGCUUGUCAAGAUGGGCAUUGAUCCCGAAGCUUAUUGUGAAAUCUGCAAAAAGGAAUUUUGUAGUAAGUACUUUUUGAGGACUCAUCGCCUCAACAUUCAUGGCAUUCGAAGUGAAAAAUCAGAAUCUCCAGAGAUGGAAAAAUUUUCUCUUGCCAACUUCAUGAAGAACAAUAACAUCAUCAACAACAACAACAACAACAACUCCAACAAUGUAAACAAUAACAUAAGUAUGAGCAACAGUAUGAACAACAAUAUGAACAACAUCAUGAGCAACAACAUGAACACGAUGAUGAACAACAACAACAACAUCAUUAACAAUCCAAACAACAACAAACCAUUAAACCUAAGCAUGAGUGGGAACCAAAAAGGCAAGAGUGGCUAUGAAAAGCACACCUGGAGAUGGAAAGAGCCUGUGAAUUCUUCACGUGUUAGUUGUGACAUAUGCAACAAGGAAGUUUGCAACAAAUAUUUUCUUCGUACUCACAAACUUAACAAGCAUGGUAUCUUGCCUAGUGAAAGUUCAUUGUCACCAAGUUUGAAUAAUUCCCCAACUACCUCAGAUGUGGAAACAUCAAGUAACUCAUCCUUGCCUACUGAUCUCAGCAUUCGCGAUAGGAACAAUGGUAGUCCUCUCGGAGUGAGACUUGACAGCAACAUGUUGCGAAUGAAUGAAGAGCGCUUAAAACAAAAAAUGCAUGAUGCACCAGCCAGAAAUCUUUUGAGGAAAAUGGAAGAUGAAGCCAUGGCAAGUCGCUAUUUCAAUCACUACAGUGAAGUUUGUUAUCUGUGUGAUCGUCGAUUUAAAAGCAGCAAAUGGUUGAAAGCUCACAUAAUGAAGGACCAUGCUGGUAUGAUUCCCGGGAUGCCAAUGGGAGCCAGAAAAAAUUUGAUGACAGGCUUUGAUAUGAGUAUGGAGCAGAGAACAUGCCGACUAUGUGAUGCUGUCUUUCCAAGUGAGCUGUCCAUGCAUCUUCACAUGAUCCAGGAGCAUAAUGCACAGGUUAGUCUGAAUACAUCCCAGCAAUCACCAUCACCACCAUCACCACCUGAGACUCCAUUCGAGAAUGCACCAAUGCCUCUCCCCAAGAGGUACCUAACUGGUCCAAAGUUUUCCUUGAAGCGUAGAUUCAGCACCAAAAUCAAGCAGAGACUUUACACAUGCUCCAUUUGUGAUUACAAAAGCAAAUGGUUAAAUAAUGUGUGUUCCCAUGAGGUGAAAGUACAUCAAAUUAUAAAUAAGGAAAACAUGCAGGUCAGACAGCGCAGUCACGGACUCAUUGUUCGUAAAACUGUGGGAGACAUCAAAACUUACAGAUGCAUAACUUGUAAGCGAAGCUUCCCGUCUCCAAUCCUCUGCCAUCACCACAUAAGGGAGGAGCACAUUCGUAAAAGGACAUUUAAAGUCAAUAACAGAAAGUCAACCAAACGACUGUCGUGCAAUUUGUGUAACUUUUCAACUGGAUUCUCUAAACAGCUCCAACAUCAUAUGGCCCGUGUCCAUACCAAGAGGCAUGUCAUGUCGUCAGUGGUCAAUAACAAUGGCUUGAGCAUGGACGACGAUGAUUCAGGGAAUAUUGUACGCCAGCAAGGUAGUCUCCAUGCCCAAGCUGUUGAAGACCUCCAGGAAGAUAUGUCUAGCGACGAUCAGCAGUCAUUCCAUCUGGAGGACUGCUCCUCUCAGAGUGACUUUCUCACCUCUGUGGUGAAGAUUCCAGUGAAGAGACGGCUUAGUGCCCCGGUUACCGUUACCUUUCUCCUCACCCCUAUGGAGCAGUGAGUAGGGGAAGCAAAGGGAACUGGUCAUGUGUUCAGGUAUUCACGGUGUAUCAUAGGGAUGUCAAACUCUUAUUUAUUACAAUUAUUAUUACAGAACUGUGUGUUUAUGAAAAUGGUUAUGUGCAAUCAGUUGACUGAGAUACUCGGUUCUAGUUGUGUGAUUUCCUGUGUUCCAUACCAUGUGUUGUGGUGGCGGUCAGCAGACCGUCUACUUAGUUAUAACUUUCUGUUUGUUUCAAGGCAGCAGCUAAUUUUCAGGAACUUAGGUAGAAGCUAGCUAAUUCUGUCUGCCCAGAAUCUCAGUAUUACGCAUUGGUUCAAUUGUAACACUCCAUUAGUAUAUUUGUUGCUAUGGAUGGUUUUGUAGUUUCCAUUUUUUUUUGUUCAAAUUUUCUUAAGAUUGAACAUAUCAAUCUUAAUGAUCAAUAAUUCCUUUCAGUGAAAUGAAAAAUCUUGCCCCAUAUAUAUAUUAUUUUUUGUAAUUUAAGCACAAUCUUGACCUUUAACCCAACAAAUUAAUAUAUUAAGGUUCAUUGCAUUUAUUUAAUUGAUCAGUUUAAGACAAUGAUAGUUAAAAGUAUAUAUUAUUUGGCUAUUAGUAACUUGUUAUUUUAUUUAUAGAGAUGAGAUUUUGUUUGUUUUUGGGGUGUAAACUCUUUGUGAUUUCUAUAUGACAGGUUUGAUGUGCUGUGUGUGUGGAUGAUGACAUAGAACAGGAUUGUUUUUCUUAGAAUUGUUUUUCAUUUGGUUGAAAUAUUUGCCUAACCAUAGAACUACAUAUGUAAAAUAUCAUGGUUUGUGUGGGUUUUCCUCCAAGCUUGCCAUGGUCUGGAUGCUGCACGGUCUGACCAAUUAUUUACUGGUUACGGUGUCAGCCUCACUUAUUAUGUUUGAAAUUUGUUUUUGUGAAAAAUAGUGUAUUUUUGAAUCUCAUGGUAACAGGUGAUUUGUUUCCUAAUGUGCUUAUGAGUAUGUUUAUACUGUUUACUGAUAUAUGUACAUGUAAUGAUCAAAUGCUGCUCUGUAGUCAGUUUACCAAGCAUUAGACACUACACGUCCAUGUAAAUGUGAACAUGCUAUCUACAUCGUGUAUUUAUCCUAGUCAAUUUCAACAUUCAGUAGCUUUUCUCUUUUUUUCUCCUGCAUUGCUUCUAUUAUAAGGAUCCACUACCAAUUUUGACCUUAAUAUACUUGUUUUCUAAUUUAACAUCUACACAAGUCAAGACAUCGUUUUGAUUUCAUGUUAGAAUUUUAUGACCAUCCAACGGAAUUAGAUAGCUGAUGAAAUCUAGCUGAUUGUCGUCAUGGAAACCUACAAUAUGAUUGAAUUAUUAUGGAAAAGCUUUUAUGGGAUUUUUUCUGUGCUUAAUAGAAAAUCAAGACAGAAAAAAUAUUGGAUUUUCAAUUAUUGACCUUUUAUUUAAGUUAAGCAAUGGUUAUCACUAUUUUCCAUGUAUAGAAAAUUAAGUUUCGUAUACCAAUGUUAGUGUUCCUGAUGUAAAUAUUAAUAUGUAGUAUAUUUUUCCUUACAAGUAUAGUGUUUAGCUAGAGAUAGGUAUCCCCUAAAGUAUGGCUGUGAUGUGAUGAUGAUGAUGACCAUCUGCUAUUGCAAGUUACAGACUUGAGCUUGACAUGUAACAAGAAUGUAUCUAUAUGGAGCACUGCCUUAUUAUAUAAUACGGGUCAUUUUCUAUUAACUCAAAUCUCAAACUGGGCUUGCAAUGUCAGAGUCUUAAACCAUGCAAUAUUCACUUUUUGUGCAAUUAUAAUAUAUGUAUAAAUAUAUGAUUAAUGAUUUUGUUGCUAUAGUACUUGAUGGAUACUAUUUAUAUAUAUAUAGAUCUUUGGAAGAGUUGUUUCCUUGGGUUUUUAUCUUGGUGAUUAUGGUCGUCAUGGUAAUGCCCUUGAAAUGACCCUUGGUCUUGACUGAAAGGUUACCAUGGGAUUCAGAAUUGUCUAUUUGACCAGUUUGGUACUCACAACUAACUGACAGCAUUGUGUCUGUGUGAACACAAUCACAAAUUGUAAAAAUAGCAACAAAUUGUAUGAUGACACUUUUUCCAUGUGUGUGUUUUUUGAUUGGUUGUUUGAACCCCUUCCCUUUUUCUCCUCAUUCCUAGAGAGUUCCAUGGUCAACAGGUUGUAUCUGUUGGCCACGCAUGCGGAUGACGUGAUUAACUCUAUUUUUGAUAUGCCAAUUUGUGAGGCUCUUGUUUUUCCUGGCUUAACUUAUAUAAUCCUGUUUGAAUAUUAUGAAAAUUGGACAGUUACUGCCUGUAUAUGUGAAUAUAUUGUACUAUAGCUAUUAUAUAUAUGAUUAUAUAUAUAUGAUCUACCAGGUGUGGUGGCAUAGGACAGUUAAUAUUUGAGUUUUUUUUUUUUUUUCUCUCUAAUCGCAUAAGAAAGUGAUUUUUCUUCUCAUGUUAGAUAUAUUGAUGAUAAUUAUACAAUGGCAGACUAGGAGCUUCUGUGUUCACAGUAUUUAGAGUUUUUAUUGAUUUUGGGUGUGUAUGUGUGUGUGUAUAUUUCUCUACAUAUAAAUAUUUAUUGUGUGAUUUCAUAGUUAUAGAUGUAUGCAUGUUUAUAUAUAUAUGAGUGCAAUAUGUGGGUAUGUGCAUGAGCGUGUAACAUAGAUAUUAUUGGGAAUUGGUGCAAUGUUUACACUUGUGGUGCAGCUUAGCUCUCAACUAUACUGUACUUACUCAACAGAUAACCAUUUUAGCAGGGUUUUUAUGGUAAAUGUCGUAAACGGUAAAAAAACCAGUAACUAUUUAAUGUGUAAAACAUUUGAGAUUAUCAUAGUAGUUAACCUUUUUCAAGAGUUCAAUUCUUGAACCCAUUUCAAAGACUAUCGACUAAAACCAUUGACGUUACUUGUUGUCAUAAUAAUGUAGAUUAACUUUGGGAGAAAGGAUGAUUAACAAGCUAAAGCUUGUACAGACUAUUUUAUUAUAAUUUUUGUCGAACAAGCCAGUUGAUGUAAAUGUGAACAUAUAAGCUUCUACUCUGCCAUUUAAUGAUGCAAGUAUAUAUAUUCUAGUCUUUCCUGACCACUUCGGUCAGCUUACCAAAGUUACCAAAACUAGACAAACGGACCUCAUCCAACACAAUUUCCAUCUGCAUUUUAUUAACUAUAUAUAGUCUAGUUGAUUAGUAAAAUCUCCGUCUAUAUAUCACACAAGUGACUCCUAAAUAUUGAUAUUUGUCAGAUUUUUUUAUUUGUAAUACUGUCAUAACCACAAUUAUUUUUGUUCAGUUUAGGUUACUAUAUUUGAGAUAAUAAAAAAAUGUAUAGGAAAAUAUUUAAAGGAACAUUUUCUUAAUAUGUUGACCAUACUUGUAAAACAGAUUGAUGUAUGGUUUAACAUGGAUGUGGUAUGUGACUGCCUACUGCCCACACUACCGGGUGAUGGUGAGAAAGCUAGUCAAAGUGUUUAUAUGUGUGUGACCGGUCGGGCCGGGCAGGGCGGGGCCGGUCACUUCUGAUGCCCUAGGGGGACAGGGAGUGCCAUCCUUCACCACUACCUCACUUUAUAUAGUCAAAUAUUUAUUCUGUGUAUUCAGAAGAAACGUAAUUAUAUUUUGGUCUUUACACGAACAGUAUUUAAUAUGUGUCAAUGAAAACUAUACUCUAUUAACUGUUGUAGAUGUUAGUGUAUUUAUUGGUGUCCAUUUGUAGAGACGUUUGUGGUGUAUGACAGGGUGCUGCCCAUCGUCAUGGCCAGUCAUAGAAAUGUUUCUGGUGUACGACAGGGUGCUGAUCAGUGUCAGCAUUAGAUGUUAAGGGGAACAUAAAUAGUAAACUAUGGUUACAUUCCAGAACUCUGACAAGAGUCCUAGCACAGUGUUAGUACUAUUUAGAUAGCGGGGGAAAAUAUGUCUUUGAUCGCUAUGUAUUUUACUCUAAUGAUUCUAGGACGAAGGUGGCAGUGGCUAGCACCUGGUCAUACACAAUAACUAAUGUAUGUUUGGUAUUGUAGUCGUAUGUGUUUGUGACAAGUUUAUUACAAAAAACAAAAAACCAAUGUAAGAUGUUGUUUUACUAUGGUUUAACCCUCAACCCAGGGCAUCACUGUCUUUUUGUAAUUUUGUUGAGCAAAGCAUAAUUUAAUAUCAAAGAGGGUAUAUCAUCAUUGCACUGUAUGUCAAAAAUUUAUCAAAAUAUAUAUAUAUAGUACUACAACUUAAGGCUGAAAAUAACAAGUUACAUGCGACAGGACAAAUAUACCAAUUAUUAAUCUGUAUUUGACAAAUUCAGGGAGUUUUAUCAAAGUUAACUGUAUAGAAACAGUAGUGAAAUAGACUGUAUUCCUGUAUGUCCUCGUGUAGUCAGAACAAUAAACUUCUUAAGAUGGUUAUAAAGAGUGUUGUCUAACAGUGACAAUCGGUGUUGAAAGCAUAAUGGUUAUCAGUCUUUGUUUCUUUGAGUUUUUGACAGAUUUUGUUGCGAGUUCUUGCAUAAAUUUUAAACUAAUUUAUUGUACACGCCAACAAGAGUCUUCUGCACUCACCCCAUAAUUCCACCACAUGUGGUCUCGUAUUACGUCUUAUUUAUUGACCCCGAAGCACGGGUGUCUAAUGUUGAUUUUUUCUAAUGGCAUGUGUGUUCUUUUGUCAGCUAUGUUGAUAUUCUGUUUUUCUGUAUAGUGGAGUGAUUUUCCCUCUUCUACACUGUCAUUAGAAUUUUUUUUUUGCAAUAAAAAUUCAAAGGUUGUCCUUCAGAA